GAUGACGUGCGGGGGCCUGGCCGGGCGUCGCGGACUCUGGAGAUGGAGGAAAAGGAGCAAUUACGACGGCAGAUCCGCCUCCUGCAAGGUCUCAUCGACGACUACAAAAACCUCCACGGCAACGCCCCUGCCCCUGGUGCCGCGGCCACUUCCCGCUGGCAGCCGCCCGCUUAUAAUAGCAGCAGGGCCUUCGGCGCUCGCUACCCUCGUCCAGGCCGGAGGGCUUUCGCCCUCAACCAUGGAGCUGAAUGGCGCAAGAAAUACUCCCUUGUGAAUCGACCCCCAGGGUCCUUGGAUCCUGCUGGCGAAGGUGCUACACAGCCCUCCCUCAGGGCGGGGGGCAGCCAGGACCCGGACCCCCAGCAAUAUGUCCUGGAGAGGCAGGUCCAGCUCAGUCCUGAUCAGAACAUGGUCAUCAAAAUCAAACCGACAUCGAAGCCAGGCUCAGCAGGUGCCUCGGGGGUUCCGUGGGGCUCCCUGCAGGAGGACCAGGAUGCCCCCCGGAGUGACCCACGGCCUCGGGAAGGUGAGGGUGAGCCGCCUGGUGGGCAGCGACAGCCCUCCAGGCCUGCCCGGGCCAAGGGGAGCUGCAGCGCUGAGGACCCACUUCUGGUCUGCCGGAAGGAGCCUGGCAAGCCCCGGGCGGUGAGGCCUGCGAGCAGCGUGGGCGACAGCUCCCCGGAGCCCAGGCGGACGGUCAGCGAGAGCGCGAUCGUGGUCAGGGCCCGCUGCUUGCCCUCCACUCCACCCCCGCGCAGUGGCACCACCCUGGGUCGGAAGGGGGGCCCACCUGCUGGGGCCAGCUGUGCCGCACAGCCCCUUGGGGAUGGGAGAGCCAACGCCAGCUGCCCGGAGCCGCCAGCUGCCUCCGGUUUGGGGGCAACCCACGCCAGACCAGCCUCAGGCCCCAGGCAGACACGAGAGGCCUCGCACCUUGGGCCUUGUCGAACCAGCAAGUUCCAGAAGAGCAACUACAAGUGGGUGGCUACCUCAGUGAAGAGCCCCCGGGCCACUCGGAGGGCCCUCAGUCCACGGGCGGCUGCGGAGAAUGGGUGCAGGGCCCCUGUCAGCACAGCGGAAAAGCCUCAGCCCAGAGCCGACCUGGAUGCCAAGGCCCGGAAGCCGACCGCUCCCUCCGUACCCACGGCCUCCCCCAGCAAGUACAAGUGGAAGGCCUCCAGCCCCUCUGCCUCCUCGUCCUCCUCCUUCCGUUGGCCCUCGGAGGGGGGCAGCAAGGACCGUGCCUCCCAGCUCUCUCCCGUUCCAUCGAGGUCCCCCCCGGGGGGCCGGCCAGCAGUGGCGUCCAGUAGCCUGAAACCCCUCGUUGGCGAGACCUCGCUUUCAGCUUACAAAGUGAAGAGCCGAACCAAGAUCAUCCGGAGGCGGGCGGGUGCCAGUCUUCCUGGGGACAAGCAGAGCAGCCCCACGCCCGCCGCCUCUGCCAGGAGCCAGCUCAGUCCCCGCCGGCGGCAGACCCUCCUGGGGAAGACCAGCACCGCGCUCAAGAGGACGCCCCACAGGGCGCUGGCACCCACCGCCAGGCUCCGGCAGCACUGCCUGCCUCCCGGCCGCGCUCCCCUCCCCACCAAGGAAGCCUCCAGCCUGCAUGUCCCGCGGACCCCGCCCACUGGCAAAGUGAUCAAGACCCGCUACCGCAUCGUCAAGAAGACUCCGGCAGCUCCUCUCCCCGCACCCCUGGCCCCCCUCUCUGUGCCCUCCUGGCGGUCACGGCGGCUCUCCCUGUCCAGGUCCCUGGUGCUGAACCGCCUGCGCCCGGCAGCUGGGGGCUGGCGGGGCCGCGGCUACCGCUGCAUCGGAGGCGUCCUCUACAAGGUGUCGGCCAACAAGCUCUCCAAGACUGGCGGCCGCACGGGCGACGGGGGCAGUAGGCCCCUGCUGCGUGCAGCCCGCGCAGACCCGGCCAGCAGCUGCAGCCGCUCCCUGGCCAGCCGGGCCAUCCAGCGCAGCCUGGCCAUCGUGCGGCAGGCGCGGCGGCGGCGGCAGCGCCGGCAGGAGGAGGAGUACUGCAUGUUCUACACCCGCUUCGGCCGCUGCAACCGCGGCGAGCGCUGCCCCUACAUCCACGACCCCGAGAAGGUGGCCGUGUGCACCAGAUUUGUCCGGGGAACGUGCAAGAAGACCGAUGGGACCUGCCCCUUCUCCCACCACGUCUCUAAGGAGAAGAUGCCCGUGUGCUCCUACUUCCUGAGGGGGAUUUGCAACAACAGCGACUGUCCCUACAGCCAUGUCUACGUGUCCCGGAAGGCAGAGGUCUGCACGGACUUCCUCAAAGGCUACUGCCCGCUGGGCGCCAAGUGCAAGAAGAAGCACACGCUGCUCUGCCCUGACUUCUCCCGCAGGGGCGCCUGCCCCCGGGGCGCCCAGUGCCAACUGCUCCACCGCAGCCAGACGCGCUCCUGCCGGCGGGCAGCCCCGGAGCCCAGCACCGUGCCCCCCCGGAGCAGGGCCUCCUCCGGCCACGGCACCAGGAAGUCCUCAGCCGCCCAGCGCGCGCCCAGACAGCCCAGCGCCCCUGCCUCCGCCGGCUCGGCCUCCGUCCCCCGCCGGGGACCGCGGCCUCAGGCUCGCCCUCGUCGUCCAGGGCGCCCCCCCGCUCCUCCUCGUCCCCCUCGUCCCCCCCUCAUCCUCCGACUCCCCCCCUCGUCCCCCUCGGCCUCCCCAUCCCUCUCCCCGGACCAGGAGGCACCAUCUGGCCGGGAGGCCGCUGCCCCUGCGGUGACCAGCUCCAGCCGCCUUCCCAAGCUGCCGUCCUUCAUCUCCCUGCAGAGCACCCCGAGCCCGGGAGGAGCACCCCAGCCCCGGGCCCGGACGCCCAGGAGUCCCGCCGCCAAGGACUCAGGGCCGCCUCUGCACAUCAAGCCUCGGCUGUGAGGACCUGCCACUGCCCACCCUGGAGGGGCCGCCGUGGGCCUGUGCCAGCACCAUCCUCCUGCCUGGGCCCCACCCUGCCCGCCCUCCACGCCCUCAUCCCCAGCCACCCCCCAGGACCCAGCCCUGCCCGCCUCGAGGCGUGCCAGGCAGGGCUGCCCCACUGUGAGCACCCUCCCCAGGGUGCCGCGGGCCCUGGCGGGACGCCGUGCCCCACAAUAAAGGCUCU